CAAGUGAAACGCACUGCGAGCAAAACAGCAAUACAGCAAAACAGCAUCAAAAGAAUAUAUAAAUAUAUAGAUUUAAAGAAAAUACCAAUUACAAUGAAUGUGUCGAAUCUAAACGACCUGCGCUCCUAUUCCCGCCACUGGCUUACCGAAUUCAUCGAGCAAUACCAGGAGGAGGAAUGCCUGUGGCAGCCCAAGCAUCACGACUACAGCAAUCAUGCCGCCAGAAACAAAGCCUACGACAAACUGGUUGAAAAACUGAAAGAAGUCGAACCGAAUCCGGAUCGGGCUAUGGUCGUACGAAAGAUUAACUCACUCCGCUCCGCAUUUCGCCGCGAAUUCCGCAAGUCGAGCAGCAAAAGUGAUUACGAGACGAGGCUCUGGUAUUAUGAUAAAUUACUCUUCAUCGCCGAUCACAAACCGAAGCGACACUCCAAUGAAUUGGGUGGCAAACCAAAGCGCGAGCUGCACAUCAAUUUCGACGAUGAGGAUUCAAUGGAUUACGAGGACGAAUCGCAUCACACGAAUCCCCACUCACAGUCCCAUUCACAGUCACAGACACACAUCGAGACAAUUGUGCCCAAUGUGGUCGAUGAAGUUGACGCCGAAGUCGCUUCCAAUAAUAACAACAAUAAUAAUAAUAAUAAUGUUGUCGUCAGCAGUCAGGGUGCCACAUUAAGUACAAUUUCGGUGACGCCCGCCGAUUGUGUGACUCUCGUCAAGGACGAGGCUCACCAGGUGGCACACAAUGAGGUAGCGGAGGCGCAUCAACGUCUCGUUGCCCAGGCCACAUCCGCACAAGCAUCUCUGGCUGCGGCAGCGGCUGGCGGGCAUGCGGUCAAAGUGCUGGAGAUUACAUCGCUGGACUCCAAUUCACAGCGCGAAAUACAACAGGCGGUUAAUUCAUUGGAGCAUCAUCAGCAGCAGCUGCAACACCUGCAUCAUCAGGCCAAUGGCCAUGGACCGGUGCCAGUGCCGACCAUCCAAAUUGGGCGGGAUCACUACCAGCCGCUGUUCGGGAAUGGUGGCACCACAGCCUACACUACAACAUCGGCGCCGGCGUCAACGCAUCGCCCCGAGGAUGAGUACGAUGCGAUUGGGCUGAAUGUGGCAAGCAAACUGCGCUCCAUCAAUCACACGCAGCGCAUCAUUGCCGAGAAGCUCAUCAGCGACGUGCUCUUCAAUGCCCAGCUCGAUAAUCUCACCGUCAACUCCUCGUUGACGCAAUAAUUUUCUGUGUACAAAAAUUAGUUUCUAAGCUGCGAAAAACUCGAAUUUGUUUCGCUUCAUGUGUCUGUUUACAUUAGGUCUAUAUAUGUAUCUGUAUCUGUAUAUGUAUGUGUGUCGUCCGUU